UCAACAUUGUUCUAUUGAAGGUUAUACUCAGUCCUGAACCACAUUACUUUCCUGUCUACGUUUCAUUUCCUGGGGGCUUGCCAAGUGAUAAACAGACCCAGGCGUGUGUGGUAGAUUUGGGUUUUUUUAGCACGAAGUGGGUGGCUGGGGUUUGCUUGAAAACAUCAAUUGACUUAGUGAUCAUUACGGAAAUGCUGGUGUAAGGUGUUCAGAGGACAAUGGAGAGAAAAUGGAAAUACUGUGCUGUCUAUUACAUCAUCCAGAUACAUUUCGUCAAGGGAGUUUGGGGAAAACCAUUCAACACAGAAGAAAACAUUUAUGCUACAGUUGGCUCUAAUGUCAACCUGACCUGCCAAACACAGGCGAAAGGCUUCUUGGUGCAGAUGCAAUGGUCCAAGGUCACCGAUAAGGCAGACCUGAUUGCUCUUUAUCAUCCCCAAUAUGGCUUCCACUGUGCCUAUGGGAGUCCCUGUGAGUCACUGGUGACCUUCACACAAACUCCUGAGAAUGGGUCAAAAUGGACUCUGCACUUAAGGAAUAUGUCUUCUUCAGUCAGUGGAAAGUACGAGUGUAUGCUUACUCUGUAUCCAGAGGGCAUGCAGACUAAAAUCUACAACCUUCUCAUUCAGACACAUGUUACACCAGAUGAGUGGAAAAGCAACCAUACAAUAGAAAUAGAGAUAAAUCAGACUCUGGAAAUACCAUGCUUUCAAAAUAGCUCCUCAGAAAUUUCAUCUGAGUUCACCUAUGCAUGGUUGGUGGAGGAUAAUGGAACUCAGCAAACACUUAUCUCCCAAGAUCACCUCAUCAGCAGUUCCACAUUACUUAAAGAUAGAGUCAAGGUUGGUACAGACUACAGACUCCACCUCUCUCCAGUCCAAAUCUUCGAUGAUGGGCGGAAGUUCUCUUGCCACAUUAGAGUCGGUCCUGACAAAAUCUUGAGGAGCUCCACCACAAUCAAGGUUUUUGCUAAACCGGAAAUCCCCAUGAUUGUGGAAAAUAACUCCACGGAUGUCUUGGUAGAGAGAACAUUUACCUGCUUACUAAAGAAUGUAUUCCCCAAAGCAAAUAUCAUAUGGUUUAUAGAUGGAAGUUUUCUUCAUGAUGAAAAAGAAGGAAUAUAUAUUACUAAUGAAGAGAGAAAAGGCAAAGAUGGAUUUCUGGAACUGAAGUCUGUUUUAACAAGGGUACAUAGUAAUAAACCAGCCCAAUCAGACAACUUGACCAUUUGGUGUAUGGCUCUGUCUCCAGUCCCAGGAAAUAAAGUGUGGAACAUCUCAUCAGAAAAGAUCACUUUUCUCUUAGGUUCUGAAAUGUCCACAACAGACCCUCCACUGAGUGUUACAGAAUCUACCCUUGACACCCAACCUUCUCCAGCCAGCAGUGUAUCUCCUACAACCAGCAGUUCCAGUGUGACUACCCGAGACUUCAACUACCCCUGGACCUCCAGUGGGACAGAUGCCAAAAAAACAUUUUCACAGAUACCCAGUGAAACAUACAGUUCAUCCCCCUCGGGUGCAGGCUCAACACUUCAUGACAAUGUCUUUACCAGCACAACCAGAGCAUUUUCGGAAGUCCCCACAACUGCCAAUGGAUCUACGAAAACUAAUCACGUCCAUAUCACUGGUAUUGUGGUCAGUAAGCCCAAAGAUGGAAUGUCCUGGCCAGUGAUUGUAGCAGCUUUACUCUUUUGCUGCAUGAUAUUGUUUGGUCUUGGAGUGAGAAAAUGGUGUCAAUACCAAAAAGAAAUCAUGGAAAGACCUCCACCUUUCAAGCCACCACCCCCUCCUAUCAAGUACACUUGCAUUCAAGAGCCCAACGAAAGUGAUCUGCCUUAUCAUGAGAUGGAGACCCUCUAGUCUCAUGAGACUUUGCCCUAUAGCAGAACUCUGCUGGAAUCCUAUUGAGAAGGUAGACAUUGUGCUUUAUUAAUAUAGUCGCUCUUCAGCCACGCCUUUGCUGCAGCUGAAAUGGAAGUCAGAAGUGAGUGACCUGUUUUCCCAGCAACUCACCCCCCUUCAUCUUCAAAUGCCUGAAGCUUAACCAAGAGUGAGAGGAUAUGUCAUGUUCACACUCAAUGCAAUUUGUAGUGGUUUUCCUGCUUAUGUAAGAAGUACAUAUUAGUCUGCCAUCAUUUAAAAAAUACAGUAUUUUCAUUUAAAUCCUCUGAUGGAAGGACAGCAAUGGUUUCAAGUGUAUGCCUAUGCCUGAUCCUCUUAUUUGAACAUCUAUCAACAUUGUAAACUCUUUGCCAAAAUCCUGGGACUUUGUUGCAUUCCCUAAGAUAAUAAUUAUAGGAAAAAGAAAAUGUAACAGUUCUAACGAGGCUGCCAAGUAAUGGAGAAGUAUAGUUAGUCUUCAUAUUGAAAUUCUGUUGUUUAUUUUCAUGGACGGGAAACAGAAUACUUUGCACAGGAACCACAUUUUCAAUCCUCCUUCACUGUCUUCCCACCAUGUUCAGCCCAGACUCCUGCCACGUGGACCAGGAUGAAGAGGGAUCAAAGAGAUAACUAGCCAACAACCAAGUAGCCUAGAAGAUGUAAAACUCCACUGGCCUCUAAAAUUAUAUUAGCCAAGAGUGGUUUCAUCUGAGUGCCUUCGUGUGUAUGUCCAUCAAACUGGUACCAAACUGUUUUGUAAGUAAACAGGCAGCCUAUGUCCAACCCUACUCAUCUAAUUCCUGUUUUUCUCUUUUUCAUCUGGGGACUUUCCUGUUCGUUUAACCUGCCUGUUUUGAUCUGUUUUGAAAAAGAGAAAGAGCUUCAAAUCAGAUCAGCACUGAUUAAUUAACCCUGCUCCUACCAAUCUUUUACAGAACAGUUGAAGUAGAAUUUGCAGGUGUCAGAGAAGAAACCUAGUCAGCCAGACGUGUUCUGUAUUCAGCAACAGUUUGUGAGGGAAUAAAUGACUAAUCCUCCUCGUCUCUUGAAACCUUCCCACACUCCCUGCUCCAGGAGGGAAAAACAGAUGUUGUUGACAGAUAGUGAUAGGCAAAUUCUGUGUGGACUUUAGUCUCAAAAGGAAACUUCAGUUCACUUGCAGUAUGCUUAUCCCUGACUGCACAUGAGAAUACCUUGUGCAGAGUUAUUUGGAGAUUAUGUCUUUUUCUUAAAUACCAUGGCUGUCACACUUCAGUUUAAUUAAAUCAGAACGUCUGAGGAGUGAGGCACAGGCAUCAGCACUCGCAGAUGAUUCACAUGUUCAGCAAAGUUGAGAACCAUCGAGCCAGUGGAAGUUUUUCUCAUCACUCAGAAUCUUAGGUAGGUGCUUAACUCUUGUGGUGGCCAGCCUCCAAGAUGAGCCCCAAUGUUCGUGCCUCCUACUGUUCACACUCUUAUACAGUUCCCUCUGAUGCUGAAUACAGAUGAUUUGUAUAACCUGGGGCCAGGAUUAAGGUGAGGCAAUCAAUGUAUCUAGGGAAAAAAAUUUAAGGAGGUAUUCACACUCAGGGUCAUGCACUUGCACAAUGUUGAGAUCGAGUACCAGUCUCAUCCUUGGUAUAGCCAAAAAAGCUUAGAAAUGACCAAGGCUAGGUCACAAAAUACAGUGUGGCUUCCACUUUGAUCUCUCUUUGACCACUGACACUGGGAAAGGUCCAUUCCCAUGCCAUGAAGACACCCAGGCAGCCCUAUUGAGAAAUCUACCUGUCAAGGAACUGAGGUAUUUUGCUAAUAAGCACCAACUUGCCAGCCAUGUAAGGAAGCCAUCUUGGAAGCAGAUAUUCCAGCCUCCAGUCCAGUCUUCAGAUAAUUGCAACUUCAGUUGAUCUUUUGACCAAGACCUAAAGAGAGCCAGAACUACCCAGCUAAGCCUUUUUCUAAACUUCUGAACUUCUAACACUAUAAAAUAAUAAGUGCAUAUUGUUUGACAUGAUUAAUUUUGAGAAUAAUUUGUUACAUAGCAAUAGAUUACUGAAAUACAGCUCAACAACUAGAAAAAUAAAUGGUUUACCUGCCUUAA